AUGGACAACCAUAGAAGCGGGGAAAAUCUUAGUAAUGAGGUGGUGAAAAAUUGCAAAUGCUUCAGAAUUAUUCCCAUUGGUCCCGUCGUUAUGUUAAACGAGACGUCACUCCAUGAUUCAACGACAUCUAAUUCACCUCUCGAUUCCCCUAUGAGUCAAGACUCACCCAUCGAAAAGGAGCCGAGGCCCAUUGGCCGAAAGGCUGCGAAGGCAAAGAAAGAGGGUAAUUCGAGCAGUAAUACAUCAAAAAUAUUGGAGGAAAUUGCAAGGCAGAGUGCCAUAAGAGUUGAAAUGGAGAAGAAACGCCAAGAGAACAAGAUGGCAAUUCGAGCAGAAUAUGCACAAGAAAGGGAGUAUUUUCUCAAAAAAGAGAUGGACAAGAUGGAUCGGGAAACCAUGGCGAUGGAUACAAGCCAUAUGUCCCCUGAAACAAAACAAUUUUGA